AUGAGCCAGUACGGAUUACCCUCGUCUGGUUGCCUUCCCUGUCGCAAGCGUCGCGUCAAGUGCGAUCGAAAUAGAGGCGGCUGCACGCAGUGUCUGGCGCACGGCAUCCUGUGUACUGGUUACCCCCGUUCGCCCACGCCGGUCGUUCGCGCGCAGAGCCGCGCGCAGACCCCGGCUGGUGACCGCCAAGGCCGUAAGACGUCAGGCACCACUUCUGGGCGUCUCAACCAUGUCAAUGUCAAUGCCAGCAAUACCACCACUGCCCAUGCCAGCAAUUCUAGCAGCAGCGUCAUCCCUCUCCCCCCCACCUACUCCCGCGAAGAUACCUCGCUCUGUCACUUCUUCCAUCAGCAUAUUCUCCCCGCCGAAAAUGGCUUCAACAACGGCCAUCUCUCCUACCUGCCGGACUUGUUUCGAGAGAAACCCAACUCGUGUCUGAAGCAUGCCGUCCAGAGUGUCUCCUACCUGGCCAUGGCCAACAAGUCCGGCGCCCAGCCGCUCUACACCGAAGCCUACCGCAGCUACGGCCGUGCCCUCAAGUCCUUGACCACCGCCUUGGAUGCUCCCGACGGCGCUCGCGACGACUCCAACUUUGCCACCAUCGUCCUGAUGAGUAUUUUCGAGGACUUGGCGGGCGAACGCGUCAACCUCAUGAAUUCACAUGCCCGCGGUAUCUACAGCGUCAUCUGCUACCGUGGCAAGGCGCAGCGAAAAACAGAGCGUGGGCAUAAUCUGUUCGGCUGGGCUUUGACGCAGCUGCAAAUUCAAGCGAUUGCCACCGCGUCGGCUCACUCGCAGUACGAUUUCCUCGACAGCAUCUGCGGCUCGUCGGACGAUAUCCUCGACGAUACCAAGUCCGCCGAGGCCUUGACCUGUCGCAUGGUCUCCUUCUACCGCAAGUCCCUUCAGCUGUCAGACAUCGCCAAACGGAACCCGGACGCCCUCAACACUCCCGACAUGCAGGCCUGGAUUCAACAAUGUUUCGAUGCCAUGCACCAGCUCAUGCUCGACACCGCCCUGUGGUAUACCUAUAUCCCAGAAACCUGGAAACUCCAACCAACAACUUCUACCUCAUCUUCAUCGUCUUCUUCAUCUUCUUCAUCUUCAUCAUCUUCAUCAUCUCCAUCUUCAUCAACUUCAUCUUCAUCUUCAUCUUCAUCUUCAUCUUCAACUUCAGCUUCUUCAUCAACUUCUUCAUCUCCCUUCUCUCCUCCACCAUUCCCACGACCAUUCCGCACAAAAUGGCAAGCCUCCUUCCUGACUCUGUUCCGCACCUGCGAGCUGGUCUUUCUCCUCAGCGUGAUAAGCUUCUGCCGCCACGUCAACCCAGCCGACUACCUCUCCUCCUCCUCCUCCUCCUCGUCGAACGCGAAGAAUACCAAGCCCCGCCCCCCGCCAGAGAAGGUCCUAGCCCAGAUCCGGAGCAAGAUCCACUGCAUCCUCGCCGACAUCUGCAUGAACGUUGGGCUGACACUGGGCGCAAACAUCGUCGCCGGGAAAACGGGCUACGCGCCCUCCGGCCAGGCGGCGGGCGCCUAUCUCCUUCUCUGGCCCAUGUGGGUGCUCAUGAACUGCCGCUUCGCCACGUCCCAACAGCGCCAGCUCGGUAAGAAUAUCCUUGACUACAUCGGCGGCGAGAUGGGCUUCAAGCUGGCCACGACCGUCUACUCGAGGGAGUUCCCCCUCUCCCACUUGGCGGAUGUAGAUUAA